ACUAAUGACCGCUGUAGCCAUUCACGUUCGCGGUUGGGGCGGUGCGGUGGGCGCUUUAACUAAAUUCCAUCGCCAUUGAUUCAAACGACCCUUCCCCCCUCCCCGCCCACAAUUCCAAGUUUCAAAAGCCAACGACAACGCCUCAGUCAAACUCAUCGAACCUCCUCCUCCAACUCCUAUUAACUCAAAAACCAACAAAAAUUCUAACCAACCCCACAAAACGUCCCCCAAAAUUUAUACUCUGGGGUGCGCAGCCUUGCCACCCCUUACGCCCCCCUGGCGCACGUUAGCCUCCCCCACCACCCCUCCCUUAGCGGUGGCCUCAUCUCAUCUUUCUAGAUCUCCAAGUCAGCCGCACAACCCCCCAUCCCUCUCCUACCCCCCCUUCCUUUUAUACCUAAUCUCCUCUUUCACCAAUAAUUCAUUAUGUCACAACCACUUUUCUCCUCCUCCUCCCUCGGCCUCUCUCUUCCACCUUUUGCUAUAUUGCCCCCAUGGCUACCUCGUCUCCGUCAGCCCAAGACCGCUCUACUCCCCCGCUUCUCGAGGGCCCACCGGCCGUGACCAUCGCCACCGCUGCUGCUUCCCGCCGCCUCCCUCCGCCUUGCUGGUCCCACGACGAGACCGUAGCUCUCAUAGAUGCUUAUAGAGAUAAGUGGUAUUCCCUCCGCCGUGGGAAUCUCAGGGCCAACCACUGGCAGGAGGUCGCCGACGACGUCGCUUCUAGGUGCCCCAUCGGCAACCCCAAAACCGCCGUUCAGUGCCGGCACAAGAUGGAGAAGCUGAGGAAACGUUACCGUGCCGAGAUCCAACGCGCCGCCCCCUACGGCGGAUCUAAGAGCCACAGGUAUUGCUCCGCCUGGGUCCACUUUAAACGCAUGGACGCCAUGGAAAAAGGUCCCAAUUCCUCCGCCGCGGCGGAAGCCGAUGAGGAUGAAGAAGAUGAGGAAGAUUCACAUGUUAAGCCCAUUGGAGAUAUAUAUAACACCAAUAGCUUGAAUCAUACGGGCAGUUAUAUCAAUAAUAAUAGUAGUAAUCGGAGUAGUUUUCAUGGGGGUAUGGUGAACGGGGGCACUGGGUUUCGAAUUAGGAUCCCGGGAAGGGGGAACGUGGGGCCUGCCGCGGCUGCCAAGGUAUAUAGUAGAUUUGAUGAGAUGGGUGGGCAAAACCCUAACCCUAACGCUGGUGUAAAUUAUGGGUCUACUAAAGCUUUGAGAGAUGGGUUUGGCGGGAGAGGUAAUAUCGGGAAAAGGGUUGUCGGAGGUGAUGUGAAAACGGGAGACCCGUUAGCAGAAAUGGUGUCGGCCAUACGGGUUCUGGGAGAUGGGUUCGUGAGGAUGGAGAGGAUGAAGAUGGACAUGACAAGGGAAGUGGAGGAAAUGAGGAUGGAGAUGGAGAUGAAGAGGACUGAAAUGAUUCUUGAGUCGCAACAGAGGAUUGUGGAAGCAUUUGCUAAGGCGAUUUCGGAGAAGAAAUUGAAAAAGGUGAAGAGAAUGCAGAAUCAAGAGGGUUAGAUGCUGGGAUGAAGAUGGAUUGGGUUGGUGAAUUUUGUUGUUUUGAUCAACGUUUUGGCGAAGUUCAUGUUUAGUGAAAGUUGAGAACUUUGAUUGUUUUGGGCAGCCUUGUGCUGUUGGGAUGAUGACUAUUUGAGCUGGUUUCUAUACUAAGUUUAGGAGGUUUUCAUGCUUGUUUAGACCAAGGACUUCUAAUUUUUCUUGUUACGUUAAGUAGGACUUGGGAUAGUGGUAGGUUGAUCUUUACGUUGGUGUAGCUUCUUAGUUAAAUGGCUACCUUUUAAUGUAAUGUACUAGUUAUAUCGUCACUGAAUGUAUGAGGGCAGACUCAAUUGUUUGCUUUUUUCUUC